AAAUCCCCGAACCCCGUUGCUAUACCCGCACCGACCAAAGAGAAGCGAAGCAAAUCUACAAACACAUGGCGACCGUGCCCAUGGACUACUCCUCGCCGGCGCCGGCUCUGGCAGCGAAGCUCCCGACGCCUCCGUACCACCACUCUUCCGCGGCGGAGGAGGUCGCGACGCCGCCAGCCAAGCCGACCGGUCAGAGGUCGCCUCUGCCGUCGCCGUUGCAGCUGUCCGGGUACUCGCUCCACGAACUGCUCCUACUGUCUCCGUCCCCGCCCUCCCGCCGCAAUCUGUCCAGGCAGCGGGGCGCGGCGGGGACGGGCGUGGAUUCGAGCCUGGAGAUGGUGGGGACGCCUCCGAGGCGGAGGCGGCGCGGGGCGGCGGAGCAGCGCGCGGCGCCCGCGGGGGCUUCGCCGAGGAACGCGAGGCGGGCGAGGCGGAGGCUGGAGAAGGAGAUCGAGCCGGAGGGAGACGCCGCCGCCAGGAAGGCGCGCAGGAGGAAAUCCACUAGGGUGGCGCCGAAGUCGGCAGCCACCGUGCCUGCGCCUGUGGCGGCGGAGGAGAACCUGAGCUUGGCUCUGGUUCCAGCUUCUACCGAUGCUACUCAUGUCACAGCAACUGACGCCGUGGAGCAGUCUCGGCGGGAAACUCUGUGGGAAAGGAUCUUUGAGUUAGUUAUGUGGAAAGAUGUGGCGAAAUCAGCACUCUGGUUCGGGCUGGGAUCCAUGUUCUUCUUCUCUUGCUCGUUUUCAAGAGACAUCACCUUCAGCCCAAUCUCUGCAUUUUGUCGCCUCGGUGUUAUGAUUUUGGGUCUAGCCUUCUUCAAAGAUUCCGUGCCACAGAGCAGACAGCCUGUGGAGAGGGGGAGGAACUUCCAGUUGACUGAAGAAGAUGUGCUUCGUGCUUCCAGAGCUGUGUUGCCUAUUGCCAACUCCAUGAUAUCUACGGCGCAAGUGAUCUUCUCUGGAGACCCAUUGAUAACUCUAAAAGUAUUACCUGUUCUUCUGUUCGGUGUUAAAUAUGGAAGUCUGGUGACAGUAUGGAGGCUUCUAGCUACAGGGUUUUUCGCUGGUUUUACACUCCCAAAGCUUUAUAUCUGCUAUUUGACUCAAAUUCAUGGGGGAGUUGAGAUCUUGAGAGAUCGGGCUCUAGAAGCAUGGAACUCUUGCCCUCGCAAGAAACUCGUUACCGCCACAGCAGUGACAAUAUGCUGGAAUUUGUUUAGUAUUAAGACACGCUUCAUGGCAGGUUUCAUUUCAUUAGUAAUACUGAGGUGCAAUCAUCAGUGCCGCAAAGCUGAGUUGAACCCAGAAGUUGAAUGUUGUCAAGAUGGUCAAGAACAGGAAAUGGAGAUAGAUCCGUCGGAAGACUGAAGUUGCAUUUGCACGUAUGCUUCUUGCCUCAGGAAAGCCUGUGACGUGCUAGAACAGAACUUUGUAUUUCUGCACAAUAAUAUUUUCCUCCACAUCUAGUGGUUCUACUUGUUCUUUCUCUUGCUAGCUACCAACUAACUGCAAUGUACCAGCAGCGGAUCUGUUGCAUAAUGCAGCAUCAGUCAGUGGCUAUUCAGGCUAUGGGUAGUGUUGCUCCUUGCUGGUAAUUGAAAGUGUCAUGUCUGAGUUUACCCGAGUUAAUUUCGCACCCUUAGAUCUAUCUGGUUAACGAUUUGACAA